AUGCUUGCAUUCUUCCUCGUUCUCUUCGUUUCAGCGAGGUUUCGACCGUGCGCGGCGACUCGCGUCUCGACGCGGGUCUACGAAAAAGACGACGGAGCAACGAUUGAUGUGACUCGCGAACAUCGUUUAAACGGCUACUUUGUGAGCGCGGUAUAUACGAAACCUUGA